GAUCCAGACAUGCUUUGACCCACGGGGGGAAAGUCCAUCAUGAGCAUUGCAAAGUUCGGAUGUGUGGUACUGAUCGGGCUGAUCGUCAAACCGUAUUAUCUGACCAUAUUCAAGCUUUGAGAGGACAGGCAAAUGGACCGAGUUCGUAUACCGGCAAAGCGGUGUACACACAACAGCCAAGAUUAUCCAAAAUGGAGUUAAAUGUCGCGGCCAGCAUACUUUUCUAUGUAUUCCUUGUGGUAGCAUGUACAGUUGGAACUGCCUUCGUGGUGUUUACGUUGUUUUUGUAUCGAUUUAACAGGAAAUAUGGACAUUUGCCUUGCCCAAGACCGACAGGCUUCUUCACUGGUCACUUGUCUCAUUUCAAUGCUGUUGCGAAGAAACUGGAUUUCCCGCCCCUGUUGCUGAUGUACCAAUGGACGAGAGAACUCGGACCAGUCUUCUAUCUGCGAUUUGUUUUACAACCGAUGGUGGUAUGCAGCGACUCUAAAGCGGUGAAGGAGGUUUGCCUUGAUAGCCGCCAUCUUAAGCCACAAAGCAUGUACGUAGGAUUCUAUUCCGUGUUUGGCGAGAGAUUCAUGGGCAACGGACUGGUCUCACAAACUGAUCACGAGAAAUGGCACACAAGGCGAGCUCUUCUAAACCCAGCAUUCAAUCGAAAGUAUCUCAUGCAAAUGAUGGAUCUCUUCAACGACAGUGCGACCCGCUUGCGGGAUCACCUUGUCCCUCUAGCAGACGGCAAAACUCUCGUAAAAAUGCUAGACCAUUUCAACGAUGUCACCUUGGAUGUCAUUGCUAAGGUUGGAUUUGACAUGGAUAUAAACGCUGUUGAGAGGCCUGACUGCCCGUUCCCGUCGGCGGUGGCGCUCGCUCUUGAAGGAAUGGAUGUUAUAUUCAAGCAACCUAUGAUGAUGGUGGAUCCUCGCAGUAAGGCUCGUAAAUACCGCCGAUCGGUGCGCGACGCCAUUAAACUGGUACGAAAAUUUGGCAAGGAUUGCAUUGAACAGAGAAGAGCGGCAAAGAAGAGAGGUGAAGAGUUGCCUAAGGACAUCCUGACAUGUAUCCUGGAAGUCGAAGACGAUCUCUGCAAUGGACAAAACAUCGACACAGCAGACAUGAUUGAUGAGUUUGGGACAUUCUUCGUAGCAGGUCAAGAAACCACGAGCAACCUCCUCGCCUUUACCUUACUCGAAUCUGGAAGACAUGAAGACGUGGCAAAGAGGCUAAAAGCUGAAGUUGAUGAAGUCCUGGGGAAUAAACCGAAUAUUGAGUACUCAGACCUCCCCAAGCUGGAGUAUAUGUCUCGGGUGUUUAAAGAAACGAUGCGACUUAACCCUCCUGUGAGUGGAGUAAUACGUGGUCUAGCUUGUGACGUCAAUUCUUCGGGUUACGUCAUACCAAAAGGAUCAAAUAUAUUUUUUGGAACAUAUCUAACGUCACGACAGGAAGAAUACUUCGACGACCCUCUUCUAUUCAACCCGGAUCGAUUUAUUCCCACUGAUGAACUCCCACGUCACCUUUAUGCAUACUUCCCCUUCGCCAUUGGUCAACGGAAUUGUAUUGGACAGCAGUUAGCUCUGAUCGAAUCCAAGGUGAUCUUGGCGAAACUGCUGCAGAGCUUCGAUUUCAGAUUGGAGCAGUCCCAGCGUCACGUCCUUCUUUCGAACGUCACCAAUAAACCGUUUGACAGAUGUAAGAACUACAUUAGCCACCGAGACUGACAAACUACAUUUAUCAACGUUUAUAGCACCAAGUGACGCGUUAAUGUUCUGAUCAUAUAUUUUUUUCCUUAUUCUAUAUUUGUAUUUCUUUUUAUUUUAUUAUGUUUUUUUAUUCAUGCCAUUU